AUGCCGGCCGAACCAGCCAUGGCGCCGGUCUCCAAGGCCGAGAAGGAGGCCGACGUGGUUAUGGGGACAAACACCAGCAGCAUUGCCUCGAAGCGCAGUGUCGAGAUGAUCUACUACCCCAAACCCCAUUUCUUCCGCUAUUUUGUCAAGAAACCCCAGCGACGGUCGCCUAUCAAUAAUCGUGGAUACUGGCUGCGCAUGCAUGCGAUGACCAAGACGGUGCGCGAGUUCAUCGACAGCGCCCCCGCAGACAAGCCCAAAUUCGUGCUGAAUCUCGGAUGUGGAUAUGAUCCGCUCCCGUUCAUGCUGCUCAGUGACGAGAUGCAGUCGACGCGUAGAGGGCAAGCCGUAUUCGUUGAUAUUGACUAUGAGAAGCUCAUGGUCAAUAAGAAGAAUGCCAUCCAUCAGACGAAGGAGAUCACCGAUGUUCUUGGAGAAGAUGUAGAAUUCCUCCCCGACCAGGACGCUAUUCAAAUCCGCAGCCCACAGUACAUUGCCGUCGGCUGCGACUUGAAGAAUCUGGCCAAGCUGGACGAUGUAUUGCGAACGCGCAUCUUGCCCUCGGCUGAUUGCUCGGUGCUUUUCCUCGCUGAGGUAUCUUUGACGUACAUGGAUGUCGAAUCUGCGAAUGCGGUCAUCAACUGGGCAUCCACGUUGACGAGUGACGCCCAGUUUUGCCUUCUCGAGCAGUUCUUCCCAGACGGACCCGACCAUCCCUUUGCCGCAACCAUGAUGGCAUAUUACAACAAACUCGGGGCACCGUUAUACUCGAUCAACAAAUACCAUUCGCUUGCUCAACAAGAGCAACGCUUCAAAACCGCCGGGUGGACCCAGACACAAGCCCGAAAUUUGUGGGAGAUAUGGUCAGACAGCGAAUUCCUUCCAGACGCGACAAGAAAGGGCCUGGAUACAUUCGAGGCCUUUGACGAAUGGGAGGAAUUUGCGCUGUGGGUGUCUCACUAUUUCCUGUUGAUGGCUUCGAACCGUCCUGGGCCAUCACAAAAGCCACCUGCAGUCCAAGGAUCAGAAGGAACCGACAGACAAGAUACGGCCAGUAGUCCUUGUCAACUGGUUUUGCAGCCGCAUUGCCCGACAGACAGGCGCGGUCGACGUCGAUUCGGUGCUUUGGUUCCCGACAGCGAUGGCUCAUUUGGUCACCACGGAGGUCUCGGCCAACAGGCGCGGCUCACGUCCACCGAUCUAUAUGCUCAUUCCGACCAGAUCACCGAGCCACGAGUUAUAUUUCCUUCUCGCGAUAUCCCGGCCCGCAUGUGCCAUACCGUCACCACGCUCAAUAGAGAGAGGGGUGAUUGUAUACUGGUGGGCGGCAGGGCUUCUCCGACUGCUCCAUUUCGCGACUGCUGGCUACGUCGAAAUAAUGAAUGGUGUCAGACUCAUCCGCUACCCGAGCCGAGAUUUAGACACAGCGCAGCCAGUGUGUCUCUCGAAGAGGGAUCAGACUGGACUCUCAUUUAUGGCGGCAAAUCUGAAAGCAAUCAGAUUUUGGACAGCUGGUUGCUGCGAAACAGCAGUGACGGACAGGGAUGGCAAGCCCUCGACUCCCGUCGUCCUCAACCAGAGGCCCGGUUUGGGGCCUGCUUUGCGACGAUGGAGCGCAAUAGUGGUGUUCUGUUUGGAGGUAUUGGGAAUAACGGAACUAUCCUUCAAGAUUUUUGGAUUUGGAGUGUCUCUCGCCGUCCAAAUGGAUCGCCGCAGGUGGAACUGACUGAUCUCACCUCGACUCUGCGAAACAACUCCCCACAGCUUCUCAAGUACUUGAGCCGCUUCGGGGCAACAGUCAACUCAACAUCACUGGGUUUGGUUGUUGCUGGUGGCAUCAUUCCCCGUCAGAUUCUUCCAGCUGACAAGGAGAUCUUGAUGCUAGACUCGGAAGUGCUCCUGGGACAUAUAAAAGAUGCUAAACCAUGUCGUUCCGCACUUAUGGCUACUGUUGGACUAGGGCAUGCAUUAUCAGGGCCUCGACCGCUGCUCACUGGCCACGCCGCUUGCACAGUGAACCCCGACCAAGUGCUCCUCCUCGGCGGCGGAGCCCGCCUGGAGUCGGCAGUCGAAAACCAGUGGUCUCUGGUAGCGCCACCAAAAGAGGCACCUACAACAUCCAGCGUCCGGCUCCCAGUUUCCAAGUCUCGCGAUCCAGCCUGUGGAGAAAGUCCUGGCGAGCGUAGCCAGAUUCCUCGGACACGAAUUGAAUCUGCUGCGCAAUUCCAGCAGAUCGUCGCCAAGGGCAAACCAGUUGUGAUCGAGGGCUCAGACAUUGGGCCGUGUACAGAGCUCUGGACGAAGGAAUAUCUCAUCGAUGCCGUCGGUGAGGAUCGCAAGGUUGUUGUUCAUGCCGCCCAAUCGGAGACAAUGAAUUUCCAGAAGAAGAAUUUCUCGUACGCGACCAAAGACUUCCGCACGUUUUUGGAGGAAGUGCACGCCGGGGGCCGCCAGUAUCUGCGUUCGAUUUCGGCCGAGCAGCCCUCUAAAUUGCCUGCCAACCUGGCCACGGAAUUCCCGCGUCUCAACCAGGAUUUCAGACUCUCUGAGCACUUGUCACUGGUCACUGAGAAUGCGCAUAGCUCGCCGCUAAGAAUCUCGGGCCCGGUGACCAUGUGGCUCCAUUACGAUGUCAUGGCCAACGUGUUGUGUCAAGUCCGCGGCGAAAGACAGCUUAUUUUGUUCCCGCCUGACGACGUGCAGGCCCUGCACCUCCCAGCCGGCGCAUCCAGUUCCACCAUCGACAUCUUCCACAAUGCCGGCGCCGAUUCCAUCGCGUCUAUUCCUGGGACUUCACCGCACGAGGCGAUCCUCAAGCCGGGCGACAUCCUGUUUCUGCCGCCGCUGUGGCUACACACGGCGUGUUCACCCUGUAAAGAACAAGUCAGCGUCGCUGUCAAUGUCUUCUUCCGCAACCUGUCCAAUGGGUACGCGGCCGGUCGUGAUGUCUAUGGCAACCGGGAUCUACAGGCCUACGAGAAAUCAAGACAGGAUCUGCAGAAAGUUGCCCGAUCGUUUGAUGGCGUUCCGCCUGACAUGGCCCGCUUUUAUUUGCAACGACUGGCCCAGGAAUUGCAGGAGAUUGCAGACCAAUAA